AUGGCCAACGACACGGUCGUCACCGAGUUUGUCCUGCUGGGCUUCUCCGAUGCCUCUGGUCCACAGACCCUGCCUGGCUCACUCCUCCUCCUGGCGUUCCUGGCGGCCCUGCUGGGGAACGGGCUCCUCGUGGCCCUGGCCACGUGGGACCCGCAGCUGCACACCCCCAUGUACUUCUUCCUGAGAAACCUCUCCUUCAUUGACCUCUGCUUCAUCUCUGCCACCGUCCCCAAGUUCGCGCUCAAUGCCCUAGUGGGCAGGAGGACCAUCUCCCUCCCGGGCUGCGUGCUCCAGGUGCUGGCUGCCGUGUGCUUCGCGUCGGCAGAGGUGGCCGUGCUCACGGUCAUGGCCUACGACCGCUACGUGGCCAUCUGCCGGCCACUGCACUACGAGGCCGUCAUGAGCCCCGGGGCCUGCGGCCACAUGGCGGUGGCCUCGUACCUCAGUGGCGGGAUCUCGGGGGCCAUGCACACCUCGGCCACCUUCUCCACGGGGUUCCGCACCAAUGAGAUCCACCAUUUCUUCUGCGACAUCCCACAGGUCCUGCUGCUGGCGGACGCGUCGUCGGCACGCCUGGGGGAGGCGGGCGUGACGGCGCUCACGGCAGGCACCGCGCUCGGCUGCUUCGCCUACAUCUCCUCCUCCUAUGCCCGCAUCUUCUCCGCGCUCCGCAGCCUGGCCUCUGCUCAGGGCCGGGCCAAAGCCCUGUCCACCUGCCUCCCGCACCUGCUCGUGGUGACGCUGUUCGUGGGCACCGGGGCCGUGGCCUACCUGAAGCCGCCCUCCCGCCGCCGGUCCAGCCUGGACCUUGCUCUGUCCGUCUUCUACACAGUCCUGCCCCCUGUCCUGAACCCCGUCAUCUACAGCCUGCGGAACAAGGACCUGAGAGCCGCUCUGGGGAGGGCCCUCGGGGCCCCCGAGUCCAGCCGUAAUGCCCGCGCCCUCUCUGGCCUCUAG